CUGUCUAGUGAUUGCGAAGCCCAGCCAUUUGCCUGGGACCAUCUCAGUUUUUGACUCCUGGCGAGCAGCAGGUGAGAGAGAGAUGCUGAUGGAAGCCAAACUACUAGGUCAUUGCAGAACGACUUGCAUCCCUGAAGAGCUUUAGUUGAAGAGCGAGGAAAAGAUGGGUGUGAAAACAUUUACUCAUAGUUCCCCUUCCCACAGCCAGGAAAUGCUUGGAAAGCUAAAUAUGCUUCGCAGCGACGGACACUUCUGUGAUAUCACCAUUCGUGUCCAGGACAAAAUCUUCCGGGCACACAAAGUGGUUUUGGCAGCGUGCAGUGAUUUCUUUCGCACCAAGCUUGUUGGCCAAGCAGAGGAUGACAGCAAGAGUGUGUUGGAUUUGCACCACGUAACAGUGACUGGCUUCAUACCCCUCCUUGAGUACGCUUACACAGCAACACUGUCAAUUAACACAGAAAAUAUUAUCGACGUGCUGGCCGCAGCCAGCUAUAUGCAAAUGUUCAGCGUCGCCAGCACCUGCUCGGAGUUCAUGAAAUCAAGCAUCUUAUGGAAUACUCCCAACAACCAGCAAGAAAAAGGACUAGAGACAGGACAAGAAAACAGUGCUAACUGCAAUUUUACCUCUCGAGAUGGCAGUCUCUCUCCCGUUUCUUCAGAAUGCAGUGUGGUAGAAAGAACCAUUCCCGUUUGCCGAGAGUCCCGCAGAAAGCGUAAAAGCUACAUUGUGAUGUCCCCGGAAAGUCCCCUCAAGUGUAGCACACAGACAAACUCCCCCCAAGUGCUGAAUUCUUCAGCUCCCUACUCCGAGUCAAGAAAUCAGCCAGUCGACUCCUCCUUAUCUUUUCCCUGGACUUUUCCUUUUGGAAUUGAUCGAAGGCUGCAGUCGGAAAAGGCCAAGCAGGCCGAAAACCCCAGGACUUUAGAACUCCCAGGCCCUUCUGAGGCAGCUAGAAGAAUGGCUGACUAUGUGACCUGUGAGAGCACUAAGGCUAACUUGCCAUUGGUGACUGAAGAAGACGUGCGGGUCAAAGUGGAAAGAUUAAGUGACGAAGAAGUCCACGAGGAAGUUUCGCAGCCUGUCAGUGCAUCUCAGAGUUCCUUGAGCGAUCAGCAGACAGUACCCGGAAGUGAACAAGUUCAGGAAGAUCUUCUGAUUAGCCCUCAGUCAUCCUCUAUAGGCUCAAUAGAUGAAGGGGUCACUGAGGGAUUACCUACACUUCAAAGUACCUCUGGCACUAAUGCUCAUGCAGAUGAUGACGAUAGAUUGGAAAAUGUUCAAUACCCCUACCAGCUCUACAUUGCUCCUUCUACCAGCAGCACAGAAAGACCAAGCCCAAAUGGUCCAGAUAGGCCUUUCCAAUGUCCAACUUGUGGGGUACGAUUCACCCGCAUUCAGAACCUCAAACAGCACAUGCUCAUCCACUCAGGCAUUAAACCAUUUCAGUGUGACCGCUGUGGGAAAAAGUUCACCCGGGCUUACUCGCUAAAGAUGCAUCGCCUGAAGCACGAAGGUAAACGCUGUUUCCGGUGCCAGAUAUGUAGUGCCACUUUCACUUCCUUCGGGGAAUAUAAACACCACAUGCGGGUUUCCCGGCAUAUUAUCCGCAAGCCUAGGAUUUACGAGUGCAAAACAUGUGGCGCCAUGUUCACCAACUCUGGAAAUUUAAUCGUGCACCUGCGGAGUCUGAACCAUGAAGCGUCAGAGCUAGCAAACUACUUCCAGAGCAGUGAUUUCCUAGUGCCGGACUACUUAAAUCAGGAGCAGGAAGAGACCCUUGUUCAAUAUGAGCUUGGAGAACACAGUUUUGAAAGCAACUCCUCUGUCCAAAUGCCUGUCAUUUCACAGGUCUCGUCGACUCAAAAUUGCGAAAGCACUUUCCCCUUGGGUUCUCUCGGUGGGCUGGCAGAAAAGGAGGAAGAUGUACCAGAACAGCCAAAGACCAGUGCCAGCGCUGAGGCAGCCAGAGACGACCCUCCAAAAUCAGAGCUGUCUUCUAUUACUAUUGAGUAAUUUCACGGUUUGGCUUCAUUUCUUGGUUUUUUGGAAAGUGCCUGUGCUUGGUCCUGUAUAUUUUUUAAUUUAAUUUAAAAAGAACAAAAAAAAACCAACCAAACAAAAAAGGGUUGGGGGAAAAGAAUUCCCCUUUUACUUUGCUAGCUAUGCUUUAAUUAGAGAACGACAACAGAUGUCACAUUUUCACGACUGAGAGAUCACUUCUUUAAGACCGAGCGCACAAUAAGACCAUGUCGAAACAGAAUAGAAGCUGUGAUACACUUCCAGAGAACCAACUGACUCUAAGACACUGACGAAUUUCUUCUUCCACUGUUAGGGCAGGUUAAGUUUCUCACUGCUACACACCGUUGGGUAAAGAAGAAAUCUGAAGACUCCCUAACCUGCCCAAGAUGCAGGUAUGCAUCAGAAAUCAAUGGCUGAGUAGAGUUUUAACCAAUGUCCUGAGUAGGUGCCUAAACCUCUACUUGGAACCUGGAGUGACAUUUUGUAGUGACGCCUGCUGUUUUCUUCAAGUGUUUACGGUAAAGCUUUCCCGGCAAAUGGUUGUGUGUAAACAUUUCUGAAAUUUAACAGAAUUGCCUUUUUGAAGCUUCAUCAACCUUUUUAUGGUCUCUUGUGACGUGUAGAUUCAUACUGGGACAAAUACUCCCUCCUUUGAUGGUUCACCCCCACCCCUCCCCAGUAAGAAAUUAUUUCUUGCUUUGCUUAUGCGGAGGAAGGCGAGGAGCUUCAGUUAGGAAAAGUGUCAAUGGUCUGCUUAUGACUAAGUCACGAGUGGAGGUAGGCAGUGAGAAGAGUAAGUCCAAGUCUAACACAUCCAUUUGGAUUCUGCAAUUCUGUAUACACACACACGCACACAGAGACACACACACACACACACAGAAAUGACCUAAGCUGUGACUGUUGAUUAUUGGCUCUUUUGUUUCUAAUCCAAAUCAGUUUUCUUCCCAGUAGGAGUGUUUCUAGAGAGGUUGAGGGUCUGGUGGAAAUUACCCAGUUUAUGGGGGCCUUUCAAUAGUGAUUUAUUUGUGGGGGGUUUUUCCCUUACUUCCCCUCAACUAAUAGAUUGAGGCUUACAUUGAGCCUUCCCUCCCACCCCGCCCCCCGGCGAGCAGGACUCUGGACAGUGCUGUCAGGUGAUGGGGGACCCGGAUGUGUAGCUGGGCCAGAUGAUCCAGGCAGCCAGCCACCCCGACUUUUGCCCCAUCCGGAGUGCCUUUCCCUGGUGGGGCUCCCCUACCUCCUGCCCAAUUUACAGUCUGCCGUUUCCAGCAGCUGAUGGUUCCGUACCAGAUUUACUGAAGAAAAAAAUAUUGGUGUUCUUCUGCGUUAAUACAUAGAUAUUGGUAAUGUAGGGAGUUUUUAAUGUACGGUCUUGGAUUUUUCAGAAAAAUAAAAGGAAUCCUUAGUGGAGGCCAAAUUCUUUACCCAGCCUGGGGAAUUGUUUACAAAAAGCCCAUUUUGACAGUGCUAAAUUACCCCUGAUCCAAAUCAUCUUAAACCAUUUCCAAGGUUAUUAGAGGCCGUAUCUACUGCUCCACGCGUGAUGCUAAAAAUAAAGUAAAAGGUUUGCAGUUCCACUUUUCUGGAUUUACAAAAGGCUCCGCGUUGAUCGUCUGACAUUUGUAAGGCUGUCCGCACCGAUCGGAGAAUUGCCAUAAGGGCCAAAAUAGCGUGUAAAGCCUUAAAUUGGUGACAGUUUGUCUCGCUGAUUAGGAAAUUAACUCCCAAUAAUAGACUGGGGAUUUUUGUUAGUUAGCGUGGGGGCACUCCGGAGCCAUCUAAACAUCACUAUCCUCAGUUUCACAAAGAAAGUGGUACUUUUGUUUCUGGACCCAUAUCGCCAAAUGGCGUCGACAGCUCUUGUGGUCUGAACACCCACUGGAGGUCACGGAGAGCUGGGACAUAACAGCAAGGUGCAUAAUUAAAGGGAGACUCGAGUCAACUCCGCAAGGCUAGCGAUUUUGUGAUUCAAAAGAAAAAUUUGCCCAUUUUCAAUUUGACCAAAUUCUGUUCCAUUCCUUUUCAGAUUUUCUAACAUCUAACAAGGGAUAUUCUUUUUGCUGCCUAAUCAAAAACACGUAACCACACCAAAUACCUUCCAGUUUUCACAGGUCAGUCCCCCAGGGAGGUGAAGUUAAACUGUUGUUAAACAUUCCAAAGAUUUUUGAAUAUGAUUUUAUAUUCCUCAUAUUUUCUGACCUCCCUCACCCUAACUUGCACCAGCUCCCUACAUAACUCCCUUGAAGCCAGUGGCAUUCUACUGCUUCCACAAAGUGUAUUUAACCAAGCCUGACAGAAUUUCAGGUACAGCAGCCUUCCACUAAUUUGUGCUUCUCUGUUGUUGAUGUUAUCUGGGUGUUAGUGUCCACCCUCAUGAACACUUGCAGUGGACUGGGCUGCUAUUGCACAGCUUCGACUGGCUGGACAAGGCAAGGGUUCUUCUUGUAGUUUUCCUCGUGAGUUUGUCUUGAUUCGUCCAUAGUAUUUUGAAAGAAACUUAUCUUUUUUUUUUAAAAAAAAAAGAAAACUACGAAAUUAUAAGAGCCAAGAUGAGGAAGGAAGCAGUACCAUUCGCCUAAAAGUUUGGCCCAACACCAAGGGGUUGGGGAAGGAGUGGGGAGAUAUGUUAGAACCAUCUCCCCUGUUUUCUUUUUCAAAAAAUCUUAGCUUUCCCCUCCCCGCACUGUGUAACAGCAGGGAUCAGGUGGCUUCUUUAAGUUUGGAGGGAGAAGCGGAGGUCACCUCCCUAAGUAAGACCUUUUCUCUUUAACAUCUUUCCGCCACUAAAGGGGUCGGUGGCCCGAACACGUGGCUGCUUUCAUAGCAUGCUCACGGCGUACUUUGCCUUAAGAGCAGAGCACUGCUGGUGCGUGUCAACAAGGAGCAGUGAUUUCUGUUUGGUAAAUUCUGUGAAUUCCAAAGAUUUGGGGUUUUAUGGAAAGUCGGCAGCCCAAAUUUUAGCACACCCCGUGACUUCUAUAAAGAUGGUCUUUUAAGUGUAUCUGAUUGUGCUUUGAUUACUUCCUCGCUAGAUUUUACUCAGUGAGAGUUUUAACAAGUAUUUUGCUAAAAGAAUGCAAGUCAAGAGCAUAGUUUCUAGGUCACUGAGGUUAUACAUUGACAUGCGAAGGUUUGGGGGUCCACUCAAUUCUCCUACAACGCCAGGGGGUUGUGGCCCUGAUCAGCCCCGCCCAUCCCAGUGGGCCAGGAUCGGGCACCCCCACCUUCUAUCCAGAGUGCCACGUGUGGUCCAAAGAGCACUCCAAAUUGCCUACCGGCGUUCGGUCCCCCAAACACGUGUUCUGGGAGAAUUUAGUGCCUUUCAUUUUCUGAGAUUGGGUUUUUGAAAGCCAAGAUCAGAGGCUGUUUUUGAUAGCGAUGACGCCUUAUUUUUGCUGAAAGGCACGGAAGAGGAUUUUUCUCAAGAGGAUGUGAAAAAUCUGAUGGAGUGAGCCGCGUAAGCCUAGUAGUUUUCGUAUUGAUAGUAGUGAUUAAGAGCCAGUCAGUUAUAGCGAUGCUUAUUAAAGUAUUUUCUCUCCAAAAAUAACUACAUCAAAAUGUUCUCUCGUUUUGGACAUUGAAUGCAGCUGUCUCCUCCCGAUGUCCCAGGAAGGUGAACCUGAAGUGACAUACCCAACUUUCAAAGGGCUUAAAGUUUUAGCACAAGGGAAACUGCCUUUCUUAAAUGAUCUCCAUUCAAACUAGUCCUUUUCAUCCUUCAAUCAUCAAAUUUGUAGUGGACCUUUAGAUGUGAAUAAAAAUGCCAGAUGUUUCGGAGCUGCCGGAUUAGGUUCAUCCUGUUCUCAGUGACUACUUCCCGUGGCAGUGGAAGAAUCGAUCGGGGCGAUAUCAUUGUUAAAACUCAGUCUCUGUUGCUGUCCAACCCUUUAUUCCCCAAAAAGCACAACGGCAUUCAUAUCACCAGUAUGUUUAUCCCAGACCUUUUAAAUUGCCUUGGGCAAGAGGGCUGCCUCGAUCUGCUGAUAAACAUUUCUAAGAGUGAUCAUUCUUGAAAUCAUUUAAUUGAUGGGCUCGCUUUUAAUCCUAAUUUUAGGUCUUUCAGAGAAUUUGUAAUCCAAUCAAAUUUCCAAUUUUACUUUCAUAAAAGAGAGUUUGGGGGUAAAAUCAAUCCUACUUUGAUUAAGCAGUGAAAUGUGUCAGUGAUAUAAUAAAUUUAAGACUUAUAUUUGACAAAGUU